UUCUUAAUAGUUAAUUCUUAUUUUUCAACUAUUUCUAUUCAGUAACUAUGAUAGUAUGAUCAUUUAUUUUUUCUAAAUGUUUAUAAUUAUUUCACAGAUUUUAUAUGAAAUUAUUUAUGUGAACAUAAUUUUUUCAAUUGAUUAUAAUGAAUCGUAAUAUGGGGUCAAAAUUCUACAAUAAUACCGAAGAAAACGAUGGAGAAACUGACAAUUAUGUUACAUGUCCCUUAUUACAACUAAAAUAUUCUAGGCCAAGAAAACCAAUUACUAGUCGUUUGGGGCAAAAAACCAGAUCUUUAAAACAUAGUAAUGAUAACCAAGCAUUAUUUCAAAAUAAAACAGCAGAUGCAGAUUUGCGAAGUUCAUUUCAAGUACAGACACCUAAAAAAUUAGUUAAUAGUUUUGAAAAACUUGAUUUAGUUCAAGAUACUCCGUUUGUUCGUCCAGCAACUAAAGCUCAAAUUCAUAGUAGUAUGGAAACUCCAAGUGAUACAUUUACAAAUUUAAACAGGAAUACUGUUCGUAAAAUAAAUUUCAAACCGACUCUUCCAUUAAGUACCAAACGGUCAUUAUAUAAUAACAAAGAAAAUUUACCAGAACGAUUAAAAGAAAAAUUGAAAAGUCCAGAAUCUAUUAUACAGCCUCAAAGUAAUAUUAAUACAGAUUCAUGUUCAAUUACCGUUAAAGAAAACGAUAAAGAAAUUACAAAUAAAUUACCAGUAGCAAUAAAUGAUACAUGUUAUACUUCACUUGAAACAACAAAAUCUAAUUGUGAUACUAGUUUGUAUCAUAGUGUCAGAGAAACAACUUCUAUACCAAAAUCAUCAUAUUUUUCUUUUGAUAUAAACAGUUCUAAUUCUUUAAUCGAUUCUUCCUUAUUAACAAAACAGUUAGAAUGCCAACCUUUAGAUGAUCAUCCUAAACGUUCCAUACCAGAAGUAACUCCUAUUGUUAAAUGUAAUAAUUUAGUUGUCUGUGCUCAGUCUUCUACUUGUCCUACUGCUGAUGUAUUUGUUCAAGAGGAAGAUCUUAAACUAUCAACAAAUUUGUCAACUAGUUUAUGUAUUAAAUGUGCCAAUGAAAACUUUAUAUCUGUUAAAGGAAUCAAAUAUAGUAUACUUAAUACAUUGGGACAUGGUGGAUCUAGUAUUGUUUAUGAGGUAUUACAUCCAGAAACUAAUCAAGUAAUGGCAAUAAAAAAAGUAGACUUAUCUGAAGUUGAAAAUGUUAUAGCUAAAGGAUACUUAAAUGAAGUCAGUUUGUUACAAAACUUGCAAGAUUGUGAAAAUGUUAUACAUUUAUUUGACAGUCAAUAUUCCAUCAAAGAAAAGAUUCUUUACAUGGUAAUGGAAAAAGGUGAUACAGAUCUUUCAAAACUUAUACGUAGUACUAAACAUAUGUCAGUUCACAUGAUUAUGUACUAUUGGACAGAAAUGUUAACCACUGUUAGUGAGGUACACGCUAAAGGUGUAAUUCAUUCAGAUCUUAAACCUGCAAAUUUCCUUUUAGUCAGUGGUCGUUUAAAAUUAAUAGAUUUUGGUAUUGCAUCAAAAAUACAAGGUGACAUGACUAGUGUAUUGAAAGAUGUAACUACUGGAACAUGGAACUAUAUGAGUCCAGAAUGUAUUAGAAGUGGAGGCUCUAAUUUUGAAGGACAUAAAAUAAACCAAAAGUCAGAUGUAUGGUCAUUAGGAUGUAUAUUGUAUAGCUUAAUUUAUGGUAAGACUCCAUAUUCACAUUUGACAAACACCUGGCAAAAGUUGCAAUCCAUAGCUGAAUCUAAAGAAAAUAUUAAUUUUCCUAGUCAUAGUAGAGUAUUUACAAAAGGUAUACCGUCAGUACUUAUGCAAACAAUGAAGUUAUGUUUGAUAAAAGAUGUGAAAGCCAGACCAAAUGUCAUUGAUUUGUUAAACCUUAUUGAAGAUACAGUAUUUAAACCUCUGACAAUAUUGAUUUAAAAAACAG